UACUAGGUUUAGUACUUUCUUCUCCACCACCCUUCUCCUGCCUCCUUUCAUAUCACUGUGACUACAUCAAAAAAAUCCUCUAAGGCCAGACUCUCUCUGAUCUUCCUUUCUAGAGAGCUAAAGACCAAGCCCUUCUCACCAGCCCCCUGCCUUUCCUUAGUUUCUUAAAGCUAGUUAGCUAUAUCACUUCUUCUAAAAAGGCUACCAUCCCUCUCUGACCUUCCCCUUCCUGCUGUGCACCAGGCCAUAGGGCCACUUUUUACCCUGUACUGUAAUUGAUUAAUGGGAGGCAGUCCCCAGCUGUGAGGAAGGGCACAGGUCCUGGCAUCAGAUACUCUCAGGUCUGACUCCCAGCUCCCCCUCCUAUAAGAUAGAACUCUCAACCAGGGACUUAAUCUCUCUGGGCUUUCCUUUCCUCACCUGUCAAAUGUGGCUAAUAAUAGUGCUUUACUGUACAAAACUGUUGAGAGAAAUGGGUGAAUUAACACAGGGCAGUAGUGUGUGCUGUGCCUCACCGGUCCAGGAACCCGGUUUAACCAGUAAAUAGCUGAGUGGCUACAGCCCUGAGUCAGGCGGCCAGUGUUGAGCCAGGAGGAUGCAGGCCUGUGCGGAGGUCCGAACUCCUUUCAAGCUUCCCCUAGUCAGGCGACCUGGAGUAGGGCGGGACCGUCGGGUUGAGUGACGGCUAGCGGCCCGCCCCGGGCGUGACGUCAUCCCGGUGUUGUUGCUGCGGCGCACGUGGUCCACUGAGUCUGCUUCUGAGUUAGCUGCGCUGGGCGCCCUGGGCUGGCGCCCCAGCCGACUGCCGUCCUGCUCACUAUGUCCACAUCCACGAGCUGCCCGAUCCCCGGAGGCAGGGACCGGCUGCCCGACUGCUACAGCACCACGCCGGGGGGCACGCUAUACGCCACUACCCCGGGAGGCACCAGGAUCAUCUACGACCGAAAGUUCCUGCUGGAGUGCAAAAAUUCACCCAUUGCCCGGACGCCGCCGUGCUGCCUCCCUCAGAUUCCCGGGGUCACAACUCCUCCAACAGCCCCACCCUCCAAGCUGGAGGAGCUGAAGGAGCAGAAGGAGACAGAGGAAGAGAUACCCGAUGACGCACAAUUUGAAAUGGACAUCUAAUCCAGUGCAGAUGAUCCUGUGUGGAAUUAGAGGAAUCCCUCAUACCACUGCUGCCAUCACCUCUUCCUGGUGUAUUCCAAACACCAGGUGGCCUCAUAAUCUGGAAGGGAGUGACUUGUUGGUUUUGGGCCUCCCUUAGUUCUGAGGCAGCUAGACCAGGGAUACGAGUGGGCAACUUGCCAAGCCCUUAGCUCUUUCCCUUCCGUCUGUAGAUGCUCCUCCCAACCCCCAGCCCUCCAUCAUCAGGGGCUGAGGCUGGGACUAAGGGAUGGAGUAUGUCACUGUCUAACUGCUUAGUAAAAAUUCAAAGAAA